AUUUCUAAGAUUUAAGAUAAAAAAAUAAAAAAGUCUUCAAAUAAAAGCCUUUCCGGAUAAUUUCCUGUGAAGGAAGAUUUUGAUCUCUUCUGUGUUCUCAACAAGGACAAUAUGACGAUAAGAACGGUUAAGGUUAGCAAUGUUUCCUUGGGUGCGUCGGAGCGAGAUAUAAAGGAAUUCUUUUCCUUCUCUGGUGAAAUUGAACAUGUUGAAAUGAAUAGUGAUAAUGAGCGGUCUCAAAUUGCAUAUGUCACCUUCAAGGAUCCACAAGGUGCAGAGACUGCUGUCCUUCUUUCGGGGGCAACGAUUGUUGAUCAGUCUGUUGCCAUAGAUCUGGCUCCAGAUUACAAACCACCUCUUCCUAUCUCAUCAGGAACACCAAUGGCAGCACAUGAUCAGAAUGCUGCCCAUGGUAAUACUGCUGUCCAGAAGGCAGAGGAUGUUGUAAGCAGCAUGCUAGCCAAGGGAUUCGUUCUUGGCAAAGAUGCUGUGAACAAAGCAAAGGCCUUUGAUGAGAAGAUUGGUUUAACCUCAACUGCCACAGCUACAGCAGCUUCUGUGGACCAGAAGAUCGGCUUGAGUGAGAAAAUCAGUGCUGGCACAACCUUGGUGAAUGACAAAGUGAGGGAAAUGGAUCAGAAGUUUCAAGUUUCCGAGAAGACUAAGUCUGCAUUUGCAGCAGCUGAGCAGACUGUCAGUAGUGCUGGAUCUGCCAUUAUGAAGAACCGUUAUGUUCUGACUGGGACCUCGUGGGUUACUGGUGCAUUCAGUAGGGUUGCCAAGGCAGCAGAAGACGUUGGACAGAAGACAAAAGAGAAAGUUUUAGCAGAGGAGGAACGAGGAUACAAAUCAGAGGGCUAUGCUCAGAUUAGUCAGCCUGGAUCACAAUUACCCUCAAAGGAUUAAUCCUUUGAUCUGCACAAGACUGUAAAUAUCAGCUGGGAAUUCAUCUUAUGAAGUUGUGCACCCUCUCCUAUUGAACAUAGAUAAAAAAUAAAGCGUAGGUUUUUAUUGUAUUGUUUCUCCCGUCUGCCAUAUAUGACUCCAAAUGAUAGAUGCUAAUUUGAAGUUUAUGCUUCUGUUUUCUUGUGAAUUCUCUGUUCUAUUACCAUUUACCCAGUAGAUAGGCAUGCAUCUGUUUCAUCAUUUAGAAGUAUGCUUGAGUUGGGAUGUCUCAAAAAUAAUAUUUUCUCAGUAAG